UAUCCUUUCAGGGCGAUGGGGAGUGAUGAUUUCUUUUGUUCCCUUUUUGUUUUUUAUCUGGCAUAAUUAAUUCUCAAAGGUCAAACCUGGACAUUGAAUUCUCAAAAGAAAAUAAAAGGUAAAACCCUGGAAGGUAUAAGCAAACAUGGAUAGAUGAUGGUGUCUAAUUACUGGUCGGUAUUUUCUGUUUCUUGAAUCUCGCAAAAGCCAGCAUUCUCAUUCCUUCUUCGGCAAAGAUGCAAGUUAUCGGUUCUGCUAUGGAACCAGAGAAGCACCAUGACUACCACCUUCUUCCUGAUUCAGAAUCGGCUUUGCCUGUGAGAAAUGAUCUGAAGAAUGGAAGAAGAAGAGAAGGAGUCACUGGAAGUGAAUCCCACAAAUCCAAGCUCCCGGAGGGUACUCCUGUUCAUCGGAAGGCUUAUCUAAACAAAUUUGCUCUUGCUGGUGCCAUUUUGGCUUCUACAAACUCUAUUCUAUUGGGCUAUGAUAUUGGGGUGAUGAGUGGCGCAGUGCUCUUCAUCAGGGAGAAUCUUAAUAUUUCAUCAACCCAAAUAGAGAUCUUGGUGGGUUCUCUAAAUGUGUGUUCCUUGAUCGGAUCGCUAGCCUCAGGUAAGACCUCAGAUUGUAUUGGCAGGCGGUACACCAUUAUCCUAGCAGCAGCCACCUUCCUUAUAGGCGCAAUCCUGAUGGGCCUCGCACCAUCAUUCCCAUUCCUCAUGGCCGGACGGGUAGUUGCCGGCAUCGGAGUCGGCUACUCGCUCAUGAUUGCUCCUCUGUACGUAGCUGAGCUCUCCCCAGCACUCACACGAGGCUUUCUCACCUCCCUACCUGAAGUCUUCAUCAAUGUCGGAAUCCUUCUCGGUUACAUUUCCAACUACACCUUAUCGAGCCUCCCACAGUACAUGAACUGGAGACUUAUGCUCGGGCUUGCAGCUUUUCCGGCCAUUGCCGUUGCAGUGGGUGUCCUGGCAAUGCCAGAGUCACCAAGGUGGCUGGUCAUGAAAGGCCGUUUAGGAGAAGCAAAGCAGGUUUUGAUUAAAAUAUCGGAAACUGAAGAGGAGGCUGAACUCAGACUUGCAGACAUGGUGAAAGCCGCUUCUUUCUCCGGCCAUGUUUCUGCUUCUUCGUCUUCAAGUAACUGGCAUGGGCAAGGUGUUUGGAAAGAACUUCUGUUAACUCCAUCUCGGCCCAUCCGCCGGAUUCUCAUAGCUGCCAUUGGGGUCAACUUCUUCAUGCAAGCCUCCGGCAAUGAUGCAGUUAUCUAUUACAGUCCAGAAGUGUUCAGGGACGCUGGAAUUCACAACAAGAAACACCUUGUGGGUGUUACAGUCAUCAUGGGAAUUGCCAAAACAUUCUUCGUUUUGUUGUCGGCCCUCUUCCUGGACCGGUUCGGUAGGCGGCCACUCUUGCUGUUGGGCUCAGCCGGUAUGACAAUAUCACUGGCUGGGCUCGGCCUAGGCUCCAAAUUUCUCGAGUAUUCCAACAGCAACCCUGACUGGGCCAUUGCAUUGUGUGUAGUUGCCCUGUGUGCAGCUGUUUCCUUCUUUUCAAUUGGGCUCGGCCCCGUUACAUGGGUCUACUCGUCGGAGAUAUUCCCGACUAGGUUACGUGCACAGGGUUCGAGCCUGGCCAUCUCCGUGAACAGGUUGGUGAGUGGAGUGGUGGCCAUGACAUUCUUAAGCAUUUCCAGGGGGAUAACAUUUGGAGCCAUGUUUUUUGCUCUUGCCGGAAUAAUGGCCGUGGGUACGGUUUUCUUUUACUGCUACUUGCCGGAAACGAAAGGCAAGAGCUUAGAAGAGAUUGGGGCACUUUUCGAGGAUGAAGUUGAUGAGAAUCCCGAGGCCCUCCUUUCUUAGCACAACGUUUUGCCCACUUUUGCCAAUCAUUUCCCAAGUUUAUGUUUUGUUUGUCACUUUGAGGUGUCUAAAUACUUCAAAAAGAAUCAAGCAUUUUCUCACUGGCAAUCAUUUUUCAAACCUAUCGAAUAAUGGCAAAGGGACUUAUUUCCAAUAACAUAUAAUAUUAUAGAAUGGAGGAAACAGAAUUCUCGAGUUUC